AUGCGUCAUUCAGUCGCAUCAUGGCUUGGAGUAGCCACCACAACGUUGCUCCUGGCAACAACAAUCGAGGCCAAGGACUGGACGCCCAAGCACGAGUCCGGACGAUGCGCAUUUCGAGGCCAUUGUGGAAAGCAGAGCUUCUUCGGCAAGGAACUACCUUGCGUCGAUAAUGGGCUGGCCGAGGACCCGGACGCGGAGCUUCGCAAAGAGCUUGUCGACCUCUGUGGUGCGAAAUGGGCUGAAGGCCCCGUCUGCUGCGAUCUAGAACAGGUCAAAGCCCUCAAAUCGGAGAUGGGAACGCCGAACACCUUGAUUGGAUCCUGCCCAGCGUGCAAAGACAACUUCUUCAACAUGUUCUGUACCUUUACGUGCUCACCCGAUCAAUCUACUUUCAUCAACAUCACGCAAUCGGAAAAAAAAGGUGGCAAGCAACUCGUCACCGAGCUCGACCAGCUUAUCUCCGAGGAAUACGGCAAAGGCUUCUACAACAGUUGCAAGGAAGUCAAGUUUGGCGGCGCAAACAGCAAAGCGAUGGAUCUGAUUGGGGGCGGCGCUACCGAUUACCAUCAACUCCUCAAGUUCCUGGGUACCAAAAAGCCCUUUGUCGGAUCGCCCUUCCAGAUCAACUUCCCAGAGCAGUAUGAUGAACAGGACAUGGAGCCAUUGGAGAUGAAGCCAAAGAAGUGCAACGACGAGGACCCCGACUACCGAUGCGUGUGCGUUGAUUGUCCGGAAGUGUGCCCGGAACUGCCAGAUGUCAAGGAAACCGACUCGUGCCACGUUGGCGUGCUGCCAUGCCUAUCGUUCGCCUCGAUCUUCGUGUACUCCAUCCUGCUGUUUGCUUUCAUCGUACUCGCUUUUGGUCAUGUAGCCUGGCGCCGGUUCGCUUCUCGUAGGGUUGAGCGGACAAGACUUCUACACCAGUCGUCGCAUAGCGAUGAUGAGGACGAGGGUGGUCCAGUCGCGACCGAAGCCAUGCGAGAUCGUCCCACCAAGCGCUACCGCCUCAAUGACGCCUGCGACAAGGUUUUCUACAAGCUCGGACACGCGGCCGCUCGCUUCCCCGCAAUGACCAUCGGCGCCAGUCUGGUAAUCGUUGCUAUUCUGAGCGCUGGUCUUUUCCGCUUUGACAUUGAGCAAGCACCCGCCAAGCUGUGGGUCAGUCCCUCAUCAGCUGCUGCGCAGGAAAAGGCCUACUUUGAUUCGAACUUUGGACCUUUUUACCGCGCAGAGAAGAUCUUUCUUGUCAAUGAUACCCUCCCAUCAGGCCCUGGCCCGGUGCUCAGCUACGAAACUCUCCAGUGGUGGACAGAGGUUGAGAAGAGCAUCGAGAAGCUGGAGAGCCCUGUCUACGGCAAGUACUUCCAGGACGUGUGCUUCAAACCAACGGGCGACGACUGUGUUGUGCAAUCCGUAACGGCCUACUGGUACUCCAAGGGUGGCAUCGAUGAGGACUACUGGAAAGAAGACUUGCGCGCUUGUGCAAGGUCCCCGGUUGACUGCCGGCCGGCCUUUGGGCAGCCACUCGAGCCCAACAUGCUUCUCAGCGGCUACGGCGACGAUGUCACGGAUGCGACGGCCAUGACUGUCACAUGGGUAGUCAAGAAUGCGCAGGAGGGGAGUGGCGCAUUGCUACGUGCCAUUGACUUCGAGAAUGUCAUGCUGGAGCGCCUGCACGAGGUGCAACAGGAAGCCCAGGACCGCGGUCUGCGUUUGUCAUUCAACACCGAGGUCAGCUUGGAGCAAGAGCUCAACAAAUCGACGAAUACCGACGCCAAGAUUAUUGUCAUCAGCUACAUUGUCAUGUUCAUCUACGCCUGCAUGGCGCUCGGUACUCCUCUCAAGCACAUCUUCCGCAAUCCGGCGGUUCUGCUUGUUGAGUCCAAGGUCACACUUGGUCUGGUGGGCAUCAUCAUUGUGCUCAUGUCGAUUGCGGCCUCUGUUGGCUUCUUUUCCUGGGUGGGCCUCAAAGCGACCCUCAUUAUCCUUGAAGUCAUACCCUUCAUUGUUCUCGCGGUUGGCGUUGACAACAUCUUUCUCAUUGUUCAUGAGCUUGAGCGUGUCAACGCAAGCUGUCCCGACAAGAUGGUGGAGGAGCGUGUCGCCCGCGCUUUGGGCCGCAUGGGCCCUUCCAUCUUGUUCUCUGCACUGACCGAGACUGUGGCUUUUGCUCUGGGCGCCGCUGUUGGCAUGCCUGCCGUCCGCAACUUCGCUGCGUAUGCUGCUGGUGCAGUAUUUGUCAAUGCACUGCUGCAGAUGACCAUGUUUGUCUCUUUUCUGUCCCUCAACCAGAUGCGCGUUGAGGAUCAUCGGUGUGAACUCUGGCCUUGGUGGCAGAUCACCAAGGCACGUAUCCACCUCAAUGGCACCAACGGCUAUGCCACUGGUGCUGCGCGCUCAGCAGAGAUUGAGGAGGAAAGCUUCCUGCAGAUCUUCAUCAGGAGCCACUACGCGCCGAGACUUCUGCAGAAGAGAGUCAAGAUGGCCGUGAUUACCAUCUUCUUGGGUCUUUUCGCAGCUGCCAUAGCGCUUCUGCCCGGCAUAGAACUCGGCCUAGAUCAGAGGGUUGCAAUUCCCGAUGGCUCGUAUCUCAUCCCAUACUUCAACGACCUGUACGAGUACCUGGAUACCGGCCCGCCUGUCUACUUUGUCACGCGCGAUUUGGACGUUGCGCAGCGCAGGGAGCAGCAAGAAAUCUGCUCCCGCUUCACGACAUGCCAGGAUCUAUCCUUGACAAACACCCUCGAGCUCGAGAGGCAGAGGCCCGACGUCUCAUACAUCUCCACCCCGACUGCCAGCUGGAUUGAUGACUUCUUCAUGUGGCUGAACCCUAUCUACGAGUCAUGUUGUAUCGAGGCCGGCCAGACUUGCUUCACCGAUCGGAAGCCCGAAUGGAACACCACUUUGCAUGGCAUGCCCGAGGGCGAUGAGUUCAUCCGCUACCUUGAGAAGUUUUUGACGACACCUGCAGGGGAUGAAUGUCCCUUGGGAGGUCAAUCUGCCUACGGCGGAUCCGUCAUCCUGAACGAAGACGGCAGCGGCGUCAAGGCAACUAACUUCCGCACCAUGCACACUCCCCUUCGCAGCCAGGAGGAUUUCAUCAGCGCCUACAGUUCGGCCCGUCGCAUUGCCUCGGAAAUCAGUGAGCGCACCGGCGCAGACGUUUUCCCCUACAGCGUGUUCUACAUUUUCUUCCACCAGUAUCUCGACAUUGUUGGUCUGACCGCUGGGCUUUUGUGCGCUGUUGUUGGCAUCAUCUUCGUCGUGGCAGCAAUCCUUCUUGGAUCGGUGUUGACAUCGGCUGUUGUCACUGUGACCGUCGUCAUGAGUGUCAUUGAUAUCAUGGGCGCCAUGUCGGUCUUCCAUGUGUCUCUGAAUGCCGUGUCGCUUGUCAACCUGAUUAUCUGCGUCGGAAUAUCCGUCGAGUUCUGCGCUCACAUUGCCCGCGCGUUCAUGUUCCCCUCGUGUACGGUCAUGCAGAGCAACAACAAUGGCUUCCGUGGGCGCGACGCCCGUGCUUGGACUGCUCUGGUCAACGUCGGCGGCUCUGUCUUUUCUGGUAUCACCAUCACCAAAUUGCUUGGUGUUUGUGUGUUGGCUUUCACGCGAUCCAAAAUUUUCGAGAUUUACUACUUCCGCGUCUGGCUCUCGCUCGUCAUCUUUGCUGCCUUGCAUGCACUGGUGUUCUUGCCCGUCGCGCUGAGCAUUGCCGGUGGCCAGGGCUAUGUUGACCCGGAGAGUGAAGGCACAGCUGCUCAAGACUUGACUGACCGGAGGUGGCGCGCUACCCAGCCUGAUUCUGACGAUGACGAGUACUGA